CAAACAUAUGAUAAAAUAUUAAUUUGAAAAUUUAUGAUUUUUAAAGCAUUUCGCGAAUUCAAUUACCCAACUUUAUAUUCACCUAUUAAAUCAUUAGAAUGCGAUAAUUUUUUAAUAGUUUUUUUAUACUUCUGCGGCUCAUUGAUAUUUUCAUUUUUUAUUAUAUUACCUGGUGUGCGUGGAAAACAAAGAAUAUACACGUUUAUAUAUGGCUGCUUGACGUUGAUGACCGGGAUCUUGAUCAUAAUAUGUAAUUACUCAUACUCUUGGGAAACAGCUUCGAUUAUAACCUCUACCACUUUUAGCGUUGCCUCGAAGAAAAAUAUAAUUUGCCAAAUUUCUGUGCAUAUUGGGUUGCGAGGGUUUAACGUUUCGUUGAAGGGGAUAGACCCAGCCAUAAUUACUCAAUCAAAAAUCAAGUCUAAUCAUAUGAGUCAAUUUUAUCUUAAUGCAAACUCGUCAACUAAUCCGUUAACUAAUGCGUCCCAAAGAUCUAGUCAAAAACACAAUAUCAAUAUCAUUUUAAGCCAUAUACACUAUAACGAAGCUUUCAGGUGGGAAUGGGAACAAGGGGUUCAAAACUAUCAUUCCCCCAUAUCAGGGAAAUUUAUUGGUCAAUAUAACGAGGCGCGAAUAAGAGGCACGCCCACACCCAUACUCUGGGUCGCACAAUAUUUUUUAAUGGAUGCUGAAAAAAUUAGAUGGGGUAGACAUUAUCGUUUAGCCGGUUAUUAUAGCCAUAUAUUGAUUUGGCUCUCCCUGCCAUUUUGGUUACUUGCAAACAUUUUGGUGUACAUAUGUAUUAAAUACAGUGGCUUCUUUUGGAUAUUGACUGGUCUAAGUUUAUUAACAGCAAAUUUUGUGUUUUGGUUAGUCAAAUGUCCUGUUCCAUUACACAUACACUUAGGCGAUUCAAUUUUACAAUUUUCAUUUGGAAUCAGUUUUUGGACUACGUUCUAUUUAGGUAUCCAAUCAAUUAUGAUUGGACUAGCAAUCGUUUUUGCAGAUUCCAAAUGUUAUGCUCAUUUAAUGGCUUUUUUUGGAAUAGACGUUCUGCAAGAAUAUGAGGAUUAUUUAGCAGACCCUAUCGAAUUAGGUAUGCAACAUAAAGAUGAUAUAAGCGAUAUUGACAAGUGUGAAAAUCGACUUGAAAAGAAUGGCACAUUUAAUAAAUAUGAUAAUGCAAUAGACAAGGAUAAUGUUGAUAUUGAAAUGAAUGGGAAAUGUAACAUGCUCAAAAAUAAUUUAAAUCAUGGUUUGAAGGGUGUCUCGGAUUCGCUUUGCUCUUUUAAUGAUCCCAAAUUCCAUUCACUAAAUUUUGCAAAUGAUCUUUGUUACUCAUCAAAAUUAUCACAUUUCGAACCAUUUACACAGAUUCCAGUUUUGCGUAAAAGAGGCACAUCACAUUCGUUUUUUUAUAGGAAAAAAUUUUCUAGUAAAAAAUCAAGUUUAAUUUCUUCCAAAUCUGUUCCUAUUCACCUUUCUAAUAAACCAGAUUUCAACAUCGAAGAAUUAACAGAAAAGCAUGAAAUUUUUGGGGAGGAUACAAUCUUAAAUAGUCCGUCUUAUAAAUCUUAUAUAUAGUUCAAAUCGACAAAUUACGAAAAUGUUGUCACAAAUUAAAAAUGAAACUUAAAAUUAUUCUAUAAUUUUUAUGAUUAUAUCAAAACUAUGUAUUUAUUAUGUAUACAUUUUUUACAAAACUAUUUAUUCCAACAAUGCAAAUUUAUUUUAUAAUCAUAUUUUUUUUUUAUAAGAAUCAAAUAUUAUUGUAAAAUAAUGCGUGUAAUAUCACAUGAGUGAUUUGGAAUUAUUAUAAUAUUUAUAAAAUCAUUACAAAAAAUUAAUUAUAUUCAAUGAUGAAACAACCUUUCGUGGGUAAAAACCAAAGUUAUUCCAUAAUUAUUGCAAGCAUCUAUAACAGAUUUGUCAUUAUUAGAACCUGAUGGAGCUGCAAUGUACUCAACGCCAGACUAAAUAUUUUUUUAGUAAAGAAAUUUAUAACGUAUAAAACUUAAUAUAAUAAGCCGUUUACCGAGGGAUUAGAAAUUUAAAACUGAUACCCUAAUUUAAAAGGCUAAAACGUUAUUAAUUAUUCGUGUAAAUUGUUAAUAAAAU